CCCUGUGUUGAAGAUAUGAUGAUAUACUGUGCAAUAAUAAGUAUUUUAAAUUUUGCCUUGCAUACUAAUCUGUAUUGUAUAUUAUGUACAGGUGAGUACGGCAGGUGUGGGCAUCCCCGUCACCGCCACCCCCACCCCCAAGCCCUCAGCCUGCUCUCCACUCUCAUGAACGAUGGCGACACCGACCAGGAGACGGAUCGACUGCUGGGUCAACAGAGGUCAGAUGAUCCCGGCUUCUACGACGAAAAGGGCUGGCGGCGGCCGAAAACCCGAACAGUCAUGCCCCGCCCGUCAAAUCACAAGGCAAACGGGGGCGGGGCCACAAGCAACGGCUCCACCCCCUCAACGCCCAUUGGUCAGGGUCAACAAGUUUCAUCCAAUCAGGCGCCUUCUCCGCCGCCGGACAUGGCGGCACCUAAUAAGACAAAGAUUAAAAAGGAGAAAGAAACCAACAAGAAGAAAGGCCGUUCCAAAGAAGUGAUGAUUCACGAACCUGCAGUGCUGAUCGAAGGCGUGUUGUUCCGCGCUCGUUACUUGGGCUCCACGCAGCUGGUCUCUGAGGGACAGCCCACCAAGACCACACGCAUGAUGCAGGCAGAGGAGGCUGUGUCACGCAUCAAGGAUGCAGAUGAUGAUAAGGAAGCGCUGGCAGAAAGUAACGGUCCAGAACUCCUCCCAGGCCCCCCACACUCCCCAAGCCCUAAGCACUCUCCUCUCUCCCAUCAAUCUCCUGCCUCAUGUCUUACAUCAGGAGAAUCUGAUUCACUGAAGGACUUUUUAUCAAGAAACAACUCCCCUCAGAACUUAAACCCUCCCAUGGCAGCAGUGAUCACAUCCAAGUCCUUAUCUUCACCCUUGGCACAUGAACAAGUAAAAGCUAAUGCCUCACCUUCCCAGGGACGAGAUAUCUCCAGUGUCCCUUCAGAAGCCCCAUCUCAGCAUGGGAAGGUGUGGAAGCCUGGACACCGGUUAAGCCAGGGUGUCCUUACCUCCUCUUAUGUGGGCCAAGUCAACUUAGCGGUUCAUCCUAAUAUACCCAUAGUGGCUCCCCUCCCACCUGGUGUUCUUGAAGAACCUGUUAGGAAUCCAGAGAGUCGCGUUAUUGCUGCAGAAAUAAUGGAAGUACCUACAAAUGUAGGUGAGAUAGAUGCUGAAUACGAAGAUGAGGGAGAGAAUGAAGGUGAAGGUGAAGAGGAAUGCAGAGAGGAACAGCAAAUAAAGAGAACUGAAAAUGAUGAGAAUGAAGAUGAUGAUGAUGAUGAUGAUGAUGAUGACGACGACGAUGAUGAUGAUGAUGAUGAAGAGGAACAAGAAGAGGAGGAGGAAGAGGAAGAUGAAGAUGAAGGAGGUGACAAACAUAGUAGCGUGGACAGUGAAGAUCAGUGCAUCGAGGUGCUGACAGUCCUGCCCACCACCAGUGGUGUAGCCCAGCAGGAUGGCAAUGAGUCGCUGGAGGUUGAUGGAGGUGGAGGGAGUUUAGAUUGGGUGUCAGAGGAGGGUGGGGGACCAGGGCUGGGGCCAGCUGGGACGGUGUUCCACCUGCGACUGGUGGGCUCAGUGGAUGUUGCUGAAGAGUCAGGUAAAGCGCCGGCUCGGAAGACUGCCUGCAAGCGGCCCAAGAAGGAUAUGGUUAUGGAAGCCGUGUCUCAUCUGAAGGCAUUGGCCCCUGAUGGAGAGUCUCAGCCCAGCACAGAGGUGGAUCUCUUCAUCUCAACAGAAAAGAUUAUGGUGCUUAACACAGACCUAAAGGAAAUAAUGAUGGACCAUGCCCUGCGCACUAUCUCAUACAUAGCAGACAUUGGGGACUUGGUGGUGCUGAUGGCACGGCGGAGAGUCUUGCCUACUGAUGAUGCCACCAACGGCAUCCAGAAGACUCCUAAGAUGAUCUGCCAUGUAUUUGAGAGUGAUGAGGCUCAGUUUAUUGCUCAAAGUAUUGGGCAAGCUUUCCAAGUGGCAUACCUCGAAUUUCUCAAAGCAAAUGGCAUUGAGGAUCACAGCUUUGUUAAAGAGAUGGAUUACCAGGAGGUGCUAAAUUCACAAGAAAUAUUUGGAGAUGAACUUCAAAUGUUUGCCAAAAAGGAGCUACAGAAGGAGGUGGUUGUGCCUAAGAUGAAGAGUGAGAUACUUGGAGUGGUUGUGGUAGAGUCUGGCUGGGGCUCUAUGGUGCCUACAGUGGUCAUUGCCAACCUUUCCCCAACCGGUGCAGCUGCCAAGUGCGGUCAGCUCAACAUAGGCGAUCAAAUAAUAGCCAUCAAUGGAGUAUCAUUGGUGGGGCUCCCACUUUCAACCUGUCAAAAUUACAUAAAGAACACAAAAUAUAACACUGCAGUGAAACUAACAGUUGUGCCAUGCCCUCCUGUUGUUGAGGUCAAGAUUAGAAGACCUGACACAAAAUAUCAAUUAGGCUUUUCUGUACAAAAUGGUGUAAUUUGCAGUUUAUUAAGAGGUGGCAUAGCUGAGCGUGGAGGUGUAAGAGUUGGCCACCGAAUCAUUGACAUCA